AUGGCUACCGAACUUACCGUCCAGUCGGAGCGCGCCUUCCAGAAGCAGGGCAUCUUCCUCAACCAGAAGACCAAGGCCAAGUCCACGCGCCCUGGAAAGGGUGGCCGCCGAUGGUACAAGGACGUCGGUCUGGGUUUCCGCACCCCCAAGACCGCCAUUGAGGGCACCUACAUCGACAAGAAGUGCCCCUUCACCGGCCAGGUCUCCAUCCGUGGCCGUAUCCUCACCGGCACCGUUGUCUCCACGAAGAUGCACCGCACUCUCAUCAUCCGCCGCGAGUACCUCCACUUCAUUCCCAAGUACGCCCGUUACGAGAAGCGCCACAAGAACCUCGCCGCCCACGUCUCCCCCGCUUUCCGUGUUGAGGAGGGUGACCAGGUCACCGUUGGCCAGUGCAGGCCUCUGAGCAAGACUGUCCGCUUCAACGUCCUCCGUGUGCUUCCCCGAACUGGCAAGGCGGUCAAGAAGUUCAGCAAGUUCUAA